GGAAUACUGCGUAUCCAUCAACAACAUUUUGAUAGCUGCUGGGCAUGCCUGUUGCCGUAUUACGUCUUCUUUCAAACUGUGUAUUAGUUCUUCGAGAAUCUACAUAACUGAAGUUGUAAACGAGAAUGUCUACCACAAAAGCCUCGAGGAUCGGUGAAGAGCUAUGGAAAACGAGGGUUGACAAAGUCAAUGCGGAGUUAGUCACAUUGACUUAUGGUACAAUUGUUGCACAAUUAUGUCAGGACUAUGACUCAAACUACCAGGAAGUGAACAAACAAUUAGACAAGAUGGGCUACAAUAUUGGUAUGCGACUUAUCGAAGACUUUCUGGCAAAGUCGGGCGUCGGCCGAUGUUCCAACUUCCGGGAAACAGCAGACAUGAUCGCAAAAGUCGGGUUCAAGAUCUUUCUUAACAUCUCGCCUACCGUAACGAAUUGGACCAGCGAUAAUAAUCAGUUCUCUCUUGUCUUCGACGAAAAUCCGCUAGCCGACUUUGUCGAGUUGCCAGAUGAUGGAAGGGCGCAGGAUGAGCUGUGGUUUUCUAAUAUUCUGUGUGGUGUCCUGCGAGGUGCUUUGGAGAUGGUUCAAAUGCAGGUCGAAGCGCAUUUCGUUAGCGAUGUGUUGCGGGGUGAUGAUACUACAGAAAUGCGGGUAUCUCUGGUUAGAUAUAUUGAAGAUGAAAUGCCACCGGAGGAGGAGUAACAAGCAUAUGGAAAACAAGAAUGCUGUAGAGGGUUGUGGCGUACGGUGUUUGGGAUUCGAUGGCCUCUGUUCUUAACUAAAUUAUAGCUUUUCUUGUCAUUAGUAGGUAUCUGCAACCUAUUUGUACAAGACGUUGACUUUGAUGAUUAGCCCUACAAUGUUGGUGUGUUGGCUAUAUUCUAGUACAAGGAUAGACCAACCAUCAAAGUUGGCGUUUCGGUAGAACGAUAGAACAUAGGGGCAUGGAAUGAGCCAUGAUCACACACCUUGUUUUUGUCGCUCUUGUGAAUAAGGUACUAAUAGUAUGAUUUAUGAUGUGAGGGUUACAGAUCACAUUUGGCUAGCCCGCAUAAUAAUCCGUGUUUUCAGGGGCCGUUAUGAACAUAAAUUCGCUGAUUCAAUGAUAGAUGAUAUAGUCAAGGAGUUUUCAAAAAUAAAGGACUGUAUACAGCAUUCCGAAGGAGGAUCCAACC